AUGCUUGAAUGCUUAAGAUGUUUUGGUUAUCUAGCAGGUCCAAUGGAUCUUGAGACAGAGAACCGAAUUGCUGCGAUACUCAUGAAACAGGCAGCAGAGUUGCGGGCGCAAUCUGAAAAAGAUGGUGUGCAUGUCUAUCUACGUCAACCCCAAGUUAGGGGUCGGCCAAAUUCACGUUUCCUUACAGCAACUGUUCGUGGGGUGCAGCAAGCAAAUCGAGCUGUAGAAAUGAAUGAAAUGUGGCGAGUCCGACAGAAAGAACUGCAACUGGAUGAUAGGCUGAAAGAGAGAUCAAGAGAUGAGGGCACAAGUAGGAGACAUGAGCACCACGAUGACACCACUGGAAAUAGGACAUGCAGGGAAACUGGAAGAAGUGCUGCUGAUGUAUGCACAUCAAGCAAAAGAGAGUUUGGAGAUUGCUACUCAAGUGAAGGUGGCCUGCGGGAUGAAGAGGUUGAAGAAUUUCUACACUCAAGGGUGAAGCGUGGUAGAGGUGCUGUAGGGUCAAGGAUGGAUGAAACGGGCCCGUACCCUCCACCUUCAUCUCUGGACUCAAAGGACAAGCUUUUGGUGAGACCUGAUGUCAGGGUGAAGGAAGAAUGGGAACAGCGUGUUCUUGGACCAGAGAAGCCUCCUUCACUGAAGUCUCGUAACUCCUCCAAGGAUGAGAUUGAUAGGGACAGCUCAAAGGUGAAGAAGGUCGAUCUGGUGAGCAGCAGCUCAAAAAAGCGGCAUUCCAAGCACAGAGCAGAGGAGACCAAGUAUAGGAGGAAAAAGAAGAAGAAUAAGAAAGAGAAGAAAUCUAAACAUCGCCACAGGAGUUAAACAAGGCAG